UUGAACUACCCAUUAGUGGGCAAGAAACUAACUACACGCUUCUAUAUAUCAAAUCAAUCACACAAAUUCACAAUCUUUUUCCACUUUUAUCCCCAAAUUCAUGUUUUUUCAACUGGGUUUACAUAAUGACUGAAAUCAAGAAAUUCUUUAGUAUACUCUGCAAACCCUGCACAGGUAAAUCAGAAGAUAAAGAAAAGGUUGCUGUACCUCAAGAACAGAAGAUUUUCACAGUUCAAUCACUUAUUUCUGCUACAAAUAAUUUUGAAAAUAAGCUUGGUCAAGGGGGUUUUGGCCCUGUUUUUAAGGGGAAGUUGCAGGAUGGGAGGGAGAUUGCUGUGAAGAAGCUAUCAGAGACUUCGAAACAAGGGAAGAGGGAGUUUAUGAAUGAGGCUCGGUUAUUGGCAUGCAUACAACAUCGUAAUGUUGUGAGUUUGUUGGGGUAUUGUGCUGUCCCGGAGAAGCUUUUGGUGUACGAAUAUGUGGUUAACGAGAGCCUCGAUAAGCUUCUUUUCAAAUCUGCAAAGCGGGAUGUACUUGACUGGAAACGAAGAUAUUCCAUAAUUGAUGGUGUAGCACAAGGCUUACUUUAUCUACAUGAAGACUCAUAUGAACGCAUCAUUCACAGAGAUAUAAAGGCCAGCAAUAUCUUACUAGAUAAAAGAUGGAGACCCAAGAUUGCCGAUUUUGGUAUGGCUAGGCUCUACCCUGAAGAUAAAACUCAUGUCAACACCCGUGUAGCCGGAACCAAUGGAUAUAUGGCACCAGAGUAUGCAAUGCACGGUAAUUUAUCAAUAAAGGCCGAUGUAUAUAGUUAUGGCGUAGUGGUUUUAGAGCUCAUUAGUGGUCACAAGAACUCUACAUUUAACCUGGAUCCAGAGUGUCAAAAUCUACUUGAUUGGGCAUUUAAGCUAUACGAGAAAGGAAAAGUUGCAGAAAUCAUGGAUCCGACGCUAGCCACAUCAGCUGACCCUAAUCAGGUUGCUACUUGUACACAGAUUGGAUUACUAUGCACCCAAUCCGACCCUAAGCUACGGCCCACCAUGCGCCAGGUGACGAUCAUGCUAUCCAAGGGAGGUGCACUAGACGAACCAACCAAGCCCGGGUACCAAGGUAUAAAAUCUAGAAGACCAAGUAGAGCGUCUACUUCAUCUUCAUCGAUGGGGGCUUCUAGCCAGACACAUUCCAUUUCUUCUAGGUCCACCACCACUACCACCAUGGCCAAUGGCGGUAACGCUAACGCCAACACAUGGGCUUUUGCGGGUUCAACCUCAAAGGUUCGUCAUAACCAUCCAAGUUCAAGUCAUGUGAAUUCGAUAGCGGAUCCUCAUGGCAAGCGGCCCAUUGAAGGGUAAAGACUAAAGAGUGGUGUUAUAGAUUAGGAGAUGGUUGCAUUUUUUUGUUGUUUUGUACAAAAGUUGUUCAUAGUGUACAUUAUAAGAGAAAGAGAGAUAUGAUAUACUAGUUUUGAGUUUUAUA